UAAACAAUCUUUUUUAAAAUUAAAAAAAAUAUCUUACCCACAUAUCUCUCUAACAAAUCCUUCAAUUUUUAAAAUUUUUUUACACGGCUUGAAUUUAUUUAGAAGCCAAUUAAAAUUAACACUGGGUUUGUUCUUAGUUUUGAGGGGAAUUCCUUCUUCUUCUUCUUUAGAGAAAAUUACUGAAAAUUCUGCAGUAGAUUCGAGAGUUUAGAUAGACACUCAACACAGAAUUUUUAGGUCUUGCCAUGGCUCAAGCCAGGAACAAUGGUGGUGUUGGAGGAGUUGAUAACACUUUUAGAAAGAAAUUUGAUCGCGAAGAGUACCUGGAAAAAGCUCGGGAGCGCGAAAAACAUGAGGCUGAAGGUAAAUCCAAAUCCAAAUCUAAAGGUCCUCCUGUACAAAGAAAGCCAUUGAAGCAUAGAGAUUAUGAAGUGGACCUUGAAUCUCGCUUGGGUAAAACUCAAGUAAGUUUCUAUGUAUAUUCUAUCUCUAUCCAAUGAUUUUUAUGUUAAAUGGGUUUUGAGUUAUGUAUUAUUAGUGUUAGCUUGUUAUGUUAGGUACUUAGCAAGGCUGAGUGCUGAUGUAUUAGCUCAAGGAACAGUGAUGAUUAGGUCUUUUCUGGAGUUUAUUUAAGGCUUCAUCUGCUUGACUUGUGAACAAACCUAAGUAGUCUCAUAAGAAACUUAGGUAUUUCAUACUUUCGUUUUGCAUAUUAUGUAUGGGGAUGUAUGCUGAAAUUAUUAUCGACUUAUCAUGGAGUCUCUAUGCUUUCCUCACAAUUCUCUUAUUAAGAUGGUGUGCCAACCAAUAGCUAACAGAUAAAGAGUCACAUCACAUUAGAACAAUUAAGCUUUUACUGGGGUUCCUAUGGAGAUGGAGUUGAGUAUUACAAAUGUAGAAAGUUCUCUCGGCAAGGUGGCUUUGGAUGAGAUCAGUGAUCAAAGGAAACAUGAUUAACAUAGUUAAAUAAAUAUAUUUAAUAAUUUAAAUAUAUUAUAAUUAUUUACAUUUUUUAAAAAAACAAAAGUAGCUAAAUAUAAUAUUGUAUAUAUACGUAUAUAAUAAGCUAGAGAAAAUACCACUAAAUAUAUAUAAUUUUUUUAUUUGAAAUAAUAAUUAAUAAAAUAGGAUGAAGAGACGAUCGCUCCUUAUAUAGGACAAUGUGCUCUGACAAUAGGGGUGUUCGAGGAACAGAAUGCAAUCAUCAGUUGUUAAUUCUCAUUGUUUUUGAUUUUGAUUUUGCUUCUUAAGAAUACUUGUACACAUUAAUUUUGAUUUUGCUUUGUUUUUGACUCCAUAUCUAAGAUUUUUCCUUGGUAGUGAGAAUGUUCCUUCAAGUGUUAGUUAUUCUUAAUUUUGUAAUAUUUGAACUGGAACAAAUGCAACAUAUAUUAUAACCUUAUUAUUAUUGUUUCCAAUAUGUUUUUACUAACAUUUGUAGUUUAAUUUAAACUCUAUUAUAUUGGACAUGCAUAAAAAUUUAAUUUAAAUUUAUUAUUCAAAUCUCUCUAAAUUAAAUAUUAUUUAUUUUUGAUUUAUUUAUUUCCUUCCAAACUCAUAAUAUAAUACUUAAUAUAAAAUAUAGCAUACGUGCAUCGCACGUAACAAUAUACUAGUAUAUAUAUAUAUACUAGCAAAAAACUACGUGCGAGGCACGUAUACUAAAUUUUAUGCUAGGUUUUUUCUAUGUUAUUUGAAAGUGAGAUUAUUAUUAAAUACUGAAUGCUAUAUAUUAGUGUUUAAGAAAGCUUAAUGAUUUAAAUAUGUUCUUAAGUUAAUCCAAAAAUAAACUAAAAAUAUUAUAGUGUUUAAGAAAGCUUAGUGUUUGCAAUAUAUUAGUAUAUUUCAUUAAUUGAGCAGCAU